AGUUUUGAGGUAUGCGAGAUGCCGAGACGAGAGGGGAGGGCCAAAAACAAAAAGGAGUGAAUCAACAAGCAAGCAAGUGUCGUUAUUUUAUUCGUAGACAAAAGUUAAAGUUAUCAAAUAAGUAAAACUGACCAAGUGACCAAAUGUUCGUGAGAAAAUGAAACGAAUAGUGUGAAAUAGUGAAAGUAAUUAAAUUAUCUAUUUGAUAAUAGUGAUGAAUAAAAAACUUCGAUAUUUCUCACGGUCAGAAAUGCUAUAAACUCAAUGUGAUGCUGCGGAACUGCGACGCGGACUCGGGGCGCAGCUCGUGCUCGGCCGCGUCCCCCCCGCGCUCCCCGCGCCCCCCAGACCCCCGCGUCCCCGACCCCCGCGUGUCCGACACCAGCCACGCCGUCAAACGGAGACAUCCCACCAAACAAGAGGCCAGCACCAACACUGACCUAAGAGUCAGUGCCCGACCCAGAAGCUGCAUCACACUCCUCAAGUCGCCAGACGAGAGAGACCCUUUCCCCAGCUGCAGGAUACCCAGAAAUCACAGGAGCUCAGUAUUCACAGUGUUUGAUGCACCAAGAAAAGGAGGCCUAAGUGAUGCUCACUCGACGUUGGAUAUAGCUUCCAGUACUCACAUAGAAGAGCCCAAAAUUCAAAACAAUGCUGUGUCUCUGAAUUUUGUUAACGGAACAGUGGACAAGAAGGGACCUCCUUUAACAAAUUUCCGAAGAGGAAAACCAGUUCAACGAGCAGCCUCUAGAUUGUACAGAGCUGAUGGUAAAGGUGCUAAAUCUGGGUGCACCGGCCCAGAGUUCAUUGUGAGGGCUUCCCAACCAGUAAAACAACUGGAUUUGACUCUGUCAGCACUUGCUGACAAAAGAUUAAUCACUGUGGUUUUACUAAAUGGACAAAGAGUAGAAGUACUCUGUGACACAAACACAAUAACAGCUGGCCAACUGUUUGAAGCUAUUGUGUACAGUGAGAAGUAUGAACAUAACUUUAUGCUGGGCAUAGCAGUGCUUGUUGGAGGGGAUUUCGUAUUUCUUCCCGAUGAUUAUAAACUGAAGAAAAUAGCUCCAGAAAAUUGGUAUGUGAAGCCAAAGGAUAAGAAACACAAAACGAUAGAUGAAUCAGUUACCUUCUCACUGUUUUUGAGGAUUAAAUUCUUCUUGCCGACCAACAUUGCCAGAAACAUCCAGGGCGGGGAGUGGAGGCACCGCGUGUACCUGCAGCUGCGGCGCUCCACGGUGGAGGGGCAGCUCACCUCCACCACACAGAACCUCGUCCUGCUGGCCGGGUACGCCCUACAUAUCGAAUUUGGAGAGUUCUCUUACAGGGAGCAUGGCUCUGGCGACUACUUCUUACUUGAGCACUACCUGCCUGAAACCUCCAUCACAGGUGACAUGUCAGAAGUUAAACUGAAAAUGAAAAGAGCUCAUGAAUCAAGAAGAGGCCUGGACAAAGAUAACGCAAUAAUAAACUACAUAACACUGGCCCAAACCUUUCGUGAUUAUGGAGCUCAUUUCUAUUCAGCAGUUUGGGCAACCAGAGAUGGAUUUUGUAGAGAUGUUUGGCUCUCGAUAGGGCCCCGCGGGGUCACUCUCUACUCUCGAAACGUCCAUGUCUCGGAGGAGUUUGGCAGCAACAACAAUAGAAUAGUACUGCAGAGCCUCCCGUGGCACCACAUACACACAUUCUAUUACAACAAGAAAUGCCUGUACAUUAUGCCUAAUGCUAAUUCUGGCUUGUCCAAAAUGGGUGUGAAAUAUAAACUCAAAAUGACAGACAAUAAGAGCUAUUUCGCCUUCUGGCUCGCCUCACUCCACCACCGACUGUAUUUAAAACUUUAUGCAAAAGAGGACUUCAUAAAUUAUUUAUCAGAUGAACUCAGUUGUCCAGUGAAUAAGGAUGGUAGCCCGAAGAAGGUCGAUUGUAGUAAUUUCCAAGACAGUUACAAUUUGGCCGUCAGGAAUGCAGGCAGAGCCAGGAAACCAGUGAAAAGAAGAUUCAGAGUAGACAUUUUUAGCGAAAAGAAGGCGCAAAAUAAAGAAAACGAAAAACCGAAUACGGAAGAGCUUUUGCGGCAAAUACUUUCGCCGCAACCCGACGACACACUGCCGCUAGACGCCUCGCCGCGCUCGCACACCAUGGGGAACUCCUCCAACGACGGGCUCUCGUCCUCCGACUGCAGUCUUCCUAGAAGACACGGCGUCAAGAUGGGCACAAGAGUGUUCGGCGGCGCGAAAACCGUCCUCGAGAACAAGUUCCCCAAAUCGGGCAGCGAGUUGAGGAGGUUUGACGAUACGGUGACUGCACAGAGCGACUCGGAUGACCUGUGCUCGGGGUCGGAGCCGCGCUGCCGCGUGGACAGCAUGGCGCUGCUGCCGGCGCGCCGCUACUCGCCCGAGGCCUACGUGCUGGGCUCCCCGCGCGAGGGCCCGACGCUCGCCUACGCCGCCGCCAGCAACGACUCCUCCGCCUCGCUGUUCGAGCGCCUGGACCGCCUGGGCGCCGUGCAGGCGGAGCGCGCCUUCGUGACCGCGUCCCUGCGCCGCGGCCCCGCCCGCGCGCUCGGGCUACAGGUCGCGGAGGGCUCCGACGGCAACGUCUACAUCAAGUCCAUCACCCCCGCCGGACCCGCCGACAAAACCAACAAACUCCUACCCGGGGACCAAAUCAUUUCCGUCAACGGACAAACCUUAAUCAACGUCAAGUAUGACAAAGCGUUACACAUGCUACAAACGGCACCCAACGAUGUAGAGCUCAUUGUGUUGCAGAACACGACUGUCAAGAAACUAUGUGAUGAAUUCAGUACUCCCAGUGUAAGCCAUGUGAAAAGUGUUAGUCAUAGUGUCGCGAGUGGCUUGGAGGACAUCGAGAUAACUGACGACGAGCUACUGAAUGAGGAAGCGUUGAAGACUAUUUACGCGCUGAUCAAACUGACGAAGGAGAAAGUGAUAAGUAGGAUGAAGGAUAAAGAUUACCGGCGCACCCCGAACAAGGGGUUACAGAAGUGUCAUUCUGAGAAUAGAGUGUAUGAAGAGACUGAUGCGGUGGACUACUCGCGCGAGGCGACGCCGCGGGGGCAGAAGUUCCACACGUGGCGCGGGGGGGGCGGGGUCCCGGCGCGCUCGCGGCGCCCGCUCAGCCUCAGCGUGGCCGCCGACACGCCCUUCACCGACCACUUCCUGCACCACGGCCUGCCCGACGAACUCAUGAAGAAAACCUCACUCAAGUCCAUUAAAUCGUCACUCAACAGCUUGGACAAUAAGUCCGUCAACAGCUGUGGGUCGGCCAAAAACGUCGCUCUGCCUAGAAACUAUGGUUUGAGCCGGAAGUGGCUGGGCCCCGUGCGCUACCCCGUCACCCCCUGCAAGAACGGGGACCCCCCCGACGGUGCAAUCAAAGAUGUCGUCAAGAGACAUUUUGUCUAUGGUGCUGGAGAAUCAGAGAAUGAUCAGAUAUUUUUAUAAAUAAAAAUACUUUAUUUUAUACCUACAUAGAUUUACUAAGUUAAUUGUUAAAAUGACUAUCUUAUUAUUACCAGUUGUAUGAUAUUAAAGGAAGAUAAUCUAAUAAAUGCCAUUCCAAUAUUU